UGCGCCCCUCAGAGAGAUGGGACUGCCCCGCAUUAACAUGGCCGCAGCUGACAAGCUUUGGCCGUGCCCUCGAGCAAAAUGGAAUCUCCUUGGCUUCGAUGCCAGUAUACAAUAUGGAGAAAGAAGGAGGUGUUUCGGAGAGCGCUGGGGCGAGGGGGUGGAGCCCUUGGAUCCUCCCCCUUGUUUACUCCAUGAACAGGCAAGGGCGCUACCACUGUCCAGGCUUGAGGGGAGUCUCCUAUCCGGAUGUGACAGCACGGUGACCCGGAAAGGGAGAGGGCCGGGGCAGUGGGACCUCGGCCGCGGCUAUGGAGGGAGCCGGCUACAGGGUGGUGUUUGAGAAGGGUGGUGUGUAUCUGCACACCAGCGCCAAGAAGCACCAGGACCCGGACUCCCUCAUCGCUGGCGUCAUCCGCGUUGUGGAGAAGGACAGCGAUGUUCUCCUGCAUUGGGUUCCUGUAGAGGAGGCUGGAGAUUCCACCCAAAUUCUCUUCUCCAAGAAGGAUGUCAGUGGGGGUGACUCGUGCACUUCUGAGGAUGAACCGACCUUUGACCCCGGCUAUGAACCCGACUGGGCAGUCAUUAGCACUGUGCGGCCACAGUCCAGCCACUCAGAGCCCACUAGAGGUGUGGAGCCCAGUUCCCCCCGGGGCUCAUGGGCGUUCUCGGUGAGUCUUGGGGAGCUCAAGUCCAUCCGCCGGUCCAAGCCUGGCCUCAGCUGGGCCUACCUGGUCCUGGUGACCCAGGCUGGAGGCUCCCUGCCCGCCCUGCACUUUCACCGCGGGGGUACCCGAGCCCUUCUCCGUGUCCUCAGCCGCUACCUGCUGUUGGCCAGCUCCCCGCAGGACUCCCGCCUCUACCUUGUUUUCCCCCACGACUCGUCGGCCCUCUCCAGCUCCUUUCACCACCUCCAGCUCUUUGACCAGGACAGCUCCAACGUGGUGUCUCGCUUUCUCCAGGACCCCUACUCCACCACCUUCAGCAGCUUCUCCCGCGUGACCAACUUCUUCCGGGGAGCCCUGCAGCCACACCCAGAGGGGGCCUCCCCCGACCUUCCUCCACCCCCUGAUGACGAGCCAGAGCCUGGGUUUGAGGUCAUUUCCUGUGUGGAGUUGGGGCCACGGCCAGCUGUGGAGCGGGCCCCUCCAGUCACAGAGGAGGAGUGGACCCACCAUGUGGGACCCGAGGGCCGCCUGCAGGAGGUCCCAGUGCUGAAGGCCCGCAUCUUCUCGGGGGGUCUGAGCCCUGGCCUGAGGCGUGACGCUUGGAAGUUCCUCCUGGGGUACCUCAGCUGGGAGGGCUCGGCCGAGGAGCAUAAGGCCCAUGUACGCAAGAAAACGGAUGAGUACUUCCGAAUGAAGCUGCAGUGGAAAUCCGUGAGCCCCGAGCAGGAGCGGAGGAACUCACUGCUGCAUGGUUACCGCAGCCUCAUCGAGAGAGAUGUGAGCCGUACUGAUAGGACCAACAAAUUCUAUGAGGGUCCUGAGAACCCAGGGCUGGGCCUGCUGAACGACAUCCUCCUCACCUACUGCAUGUACCACUUUGAUCUCGGCUAUGUCCAGGGCAUGAGUGAUCUCCUCUCCCCGAUCCUCUACGUCAUUCAGAACGAGGUGGAUGCCUUCUGGUGUUUCUGUGGCUUCAUGGAGCUCGUGCACGGGAACUUCGAGGAGAGUCAGGAGACAAUGAAGCGGCAACUCGGACAACUGCUGCUGCUCUUGAGAGUGCUGGACCCGCCGCUUUGUGAUUUCCUGGACUCCCAGGACUCUGGCUCUCUUUGCUUCUGCUUCCGGUGGCUGCUCAUCUGGUUCAAGAGAGAAUUCCCCUUCCCGGAUGUCCUCCGGCUGUGGGAGGUGCUGUGGACAGGCCUCCCUGGCCCCAAUCUGCACCUGCUGGUGGCCUGUGCCAUUCUGGACAUGGAACGUGAUACCCUCAUGCUUUCUGGCUUUGGCUCCAAUGAGAUCCUCAAGCACAUCAACGAGCUGACCAUGAAGCUGAGCGUAGAGGACGUGCUGACACGGGCUGAGGCCCUCUACCGGCAGCUGACCACCUGCCCGGAGCUGCCCCACAAUGUACAGGAGGUCUUGGGUCUGGUGCCACCCACAGAGCCCCGAAGUCCCUCGCCCCCUGCCUCGCCACUGCCUCUCUCCCCCACCCGGGCCCCACCAGCCCCACCGCCCCCUGAGGACACAGCCCCGCAGCCAGACAGCAGCCUGGAGAUCCUGCCAGAGGAGGAAGAGGAAAGUGCAGAGUCCUAACCCCCUGGGCCGGUAGGCCCGCCCAGCACAGGCACUUUAUCCAGCUCCCAGAGGCUGGGGAGGAAGGGUGCGAAAAGGGCAGGCCUUCCCACCGUGCCUCCCGUGCCCUCCCAGUGAGCUGAUAUCAUUAAACUGACACUUCUGGCGUCCAGUUGUCCUCAUGUAGGUGGAGGAAGGAGGCUGCCACCUUGGCACCGACCCGGAUGGGGGAAGGGGGUGGCUUGUGGUCCCUUUUGGCCAUGCUGCAGCGCUGACAUCUGACCCUGGUGAUCUUGAUCCAGCCAAUGAGAUGUUAAGAGAAGGCCCCUUGUGGGCUCGUGGAGGUAGGGCUCUAUCACCCGCCUGGAUUUGGGGCUUUUGGAGGAGUGAGGAUGGGGUGCUGGGGUAUGGCCACCACCAGCAGCUGUGUGGGGACACUUCCUGGACAUAAUCGAGAUGGAAGGGCCUGCAGAGCUGUUCAGACACUCUGGGGACUCUGCUUACCAGCUUCUUGUUAUGUGAAAAAAUAAACUAGUGUUUAACUCCA